CGCCCGCGCGCGCACGCAACCUUUCUUUGGUCGCUUAGUCGCCACACGGCACUGCAAUUUGUUGGUUGCUUUCUCGUUUCAGAAGUACUUCUUUGCAGUUAGCGCGCUGUCUUUAGUGUUCGACAGGAUGCAGAUGCUAGGUCGCCAGAUUGGUCAGGCCGUGCCUACUAAGGGCCGGCGCUUGGUGGCCGUGCCGCCGACGAAGCGCGGCCAUGGCGCUCGCUCGCUGGUCGUCGUCGCCAGCCUGACCCGGAGGCCCGAGGAUGAGGCGAUGGGUGGCAAGUUGCUGAUGAACAGCAUGGAGGAUGAGGCCGCCAGCGCUGGCGCGGUGACCAAGCCCUACCGUGCUGCGCCCCGCGACGCGCUGCGCAUGGGCCUGCCCAGCAAGGGCCGCAUGGCGGAGGACACGCAGCAGCUGCUCAAGGACUGCGCCCUGUCCGUGUACAAGCCCAACCCGCGCCAGUACGUGGCCAAGAUCCCCCAGAUCCCGGGCCUGGAGGUGUGGUUCCAGCGCGCCAGCGACGUGGUGCGCAAGCUGCGCUACGGCGAUGUGGACCUGGGCAUCGUGGGCGCCGACAUGUUUGCCGAGCUGGCGGACGGCGACGACGACCUGGUGGUAUGCCACGAGGCGCUGGGCUUCGGGCAGUGCCACCUGGCACUGGGCGUGCCCAUGACCGGCAAGUUCGCGGGCAUCACCAGUCUGGACGCCCUGCGCGCCAUGCCCGACUGGACGGCGGAGACGCCCCUGCGCGUGGUGACCGGCUACCACAACAUCGCCAAGCGCUUCUUCGCGCAGAACGGCUUCAAGCACGUGGUGCUUCUGUCCGCGGACGGCGCACUGGAGGCGGCCCCUGCCAUGGGCAGUGCGGACAUCAUCCUGGACCUGGUGAGCACGGGCGUGACUCUGCGCGAGAACAACCUGCGCGAGAUCGAGGGCGGCAACAUCAUGGAGAGCCAGGGCAUCCUGGUGGCCAACCGCAAGAGCCUGCUGGAGCGCCCGCAGCUGCUCGAGAUCGUGCACGAGCUGAUUGAGCGCUUCGACGGCCACCUCAAGGCCGAGCAGUUCUACAGCGUGAUCGCCAACAUGCGCGGUGAGAGCCCCGAGGCGGUGGCGGACACGCUGCUGCAAGCCCCCGGCCUGCAGGGCCUGCAGGGCCCCACGGUGGCCAACGUGUACAACCGCGGCGCCGGCGACAAGGCCGAGCACCACUUCUACGCCGCCACCAUCUGCGUGCGCAAGAAGCAGCUCUACGGCGCAGUCAAGGCCCUGCAGAAGCUGGGCGGCAGCGGCGUGCUGGUGCAGCCCAUGACCUACAUCUUCGACGAGGAGCCCGAGCGCUGGGGCCAGCUGCUGGCCAAGCUGGGGCUGGACCCCGCCGACGUCAACAUUGGCGGCAGCAGCAACGGAAACGGCAAGCACUAAACGGUUGUUGCCGGUGGUUGCGAGCGGUUGGUGGUGGUUGUGCGAGCGGUUGGUGGUGGUAGACGGCGGGUCGUGGUAUGGUCUGGGUGCGCGUGGAGGCGGCGGCGGUGUGCGGCUUGGGGGGUGCGGGGUGCGGGCGAGCCGCGGCGUUAUUAAUGUGGCGGUUGGGCCGUGCCGUGCGGCACGUUGGUUGCGGGCUAACCUGUAGCAUUUGAGUAGCGCGGAUGCCUAUCGGUACCGUGCAAGGACCGGGCCCCACACCGCGCAUGCAGACUGACUGCAGAGAGACUCGGCAGCCCCACUGUUCGUGACUUUCUCUGUGGGUAUGGCCAACGCGCUUUCUUGGCGUGUGUAGAUAUCGGGAUAAUCGGGAAACUCCUCUGCGCACGGGGAGGCUGACUAAGAGCAGCACGCGUGGGGGCCUUAUUGGGGAUGUGCUGUUCGUGUAGAUGAGAUGUGUAUUUGGUUUGCUCAAACCUAUACCCUAGUCCAGGCAGUGAGCCUGGGGGCGAGAUGCUGUGCGCCUGUGCGUGAUCCGAACGUGUGGCGAAUGGACCCUGUCGGCAGGUUUCUUACGCUGAUGGGUGGCCCUUGCCCUGCACAAAUGUGGGACGGCGCGAGGGUGUAACAGAUGCUAGCAUGUGCGGUGUUAGUUGCACCGCCGCCCGGGGCCAUGUCCAACGCGUGUCGUUCUGGGCGUGGGACGCGCUGUGGGAGUCCUGGCCUGGCUGUAAAAGUGGUUGAUUGGG